AUGCUCCCAAGCAAACAUUUGGAAUCCGGCACUGAGGCCUUGCCUUCUACAUCAUUGAAAAGGCCUAACCAGCCGCCUUUAACAUUGGAAGAACAGAUCUGGUUGGAAGAUUAUGGUUGGAAUGAAUUCAAAGCAUUGUUGGUAGAGAAUGGCUUGGAUCCCCACAGUUUUAAACACGUUAAAAGAGCGGCCCAUACGAUCCGAAACAAUGGAGAUUGCUACAGAAAGUUGUUACCCAGGCUAUCUGAAGAGCUAGCUGAGAUUCAAAUUGUUCGUCAGCCAUCCAUCGUACAAGACAAGAAAGAGGAAGAGGUUCUGAGAGCAACUCCGAUGGAUGAGGGCCACCUUCAGCAGCCAAUUGAUUCAACCACGGAAAGGCGACCGGGUCCCGAAAAAUAUGCUCAAAAUGGAGAGGAAAACGCCAAUUCUGAAAGAAAAAGUGGACUGAGUGUAUUCGUUCGAAGUGAUUACCAAACACCUUGCUUUUUGGUCGAGCCGGAUGAGCAAGAACAAAAGAAGCUGUAUGUUAAAAUGGUGACAAACUCGGGGAACUAUAUUUUCAUUGAGUAUGAGGAAGAUGGUGAGAAUGAGCAGAUCAAACAGGGGACUGAAGCUGGGAUGUUUACUGUAAAAGACGUGAUUGCUGGGGAAAUCCAUUCGGUCCGGCCGCUUGAAGGAUUACGGAGGCUGUAUCGUCUGAUGUCCAACAAUAAUGGGAAAUACUCUUUUGUAUUACUAAGAAGGAGGGAAACGAAAGUGAUCUAUAGAAAACACGGAAAGAACAAAUUCAGACGAGAAUUCAAGCCACUUGAGACACACUUCAAGAUGAUAAUGGACUUGUAAGUGUUCCCAAAACACUUCAACAUGGCCGACAACAAGAGAGAGAGGAACAAAAAAAGUCGCAAGAUAAGCAACAAGCUCGGUCGCAAGUUGCCCUUGUAACAGCCGCCUCGUCAGAAUCAUCUGGAAGCGAAGAGGGGGAUAGAGAUGCAGAGGAUCCACUCCCUCGUGGACAUAUUACCUCUAAAAUGCGAGACUGA